AUCAGCUUCCGGAGGCGAGUGCCCCAUGGCCUUCACGCGCUUCUCUCGUGUGGUUGUCCUCUGCCUGGCCCUCACGGUGGCUCACCUCAUCCCCUGCGGACACGCAGACUGCGAACCGGAUGUCCCGGGCAGCUGCCCCCGUGAGUCACAGCACGAAUAGCUCAUUCAGUCCGCAUUUUUGGCACCGUUCUUGCAUUUCUUUAUGGUCGCCUCAGGCAUAAUUGCGGGCAACCCUACUGGAUACGACCCGGACAAUUAUUACGACGGCAAUCUGUACGCAGCGGGCUCCGUGUUUGCCGAUCGAGCCGUUUUUGCCAAGGGCAGUAUCUACUCCGACGACGACGUCACUGCCCCCGAUGACGUCUAUGCCUUGGAAGAUGUCAUUGCUUUUCGUGAUGUAGAGGCCUUCGGUACAGUGCGUGGCAGGAAUAUAAUUACAGGCAACCCUACUAUACUCGACAAUGUUGACCUUGAAGACAGCUCGAACGACGGCACUGUGUUCGCAGCGGGCUUCGUGUUUGUCGAAAGAGGCGUUACUGCCAGUGAGAACGUCGUUGCCUUCAAGGACGUCAUUGCCAUCGAGAACGUCUUUGCCACGAGAAAUCUCACAGCUGGGGAUGCACUGUUCGCCGACCGUAAGCAUCAGCAGAAAAAUCUGUUGUCCAUGUCUUGCGCUUGUUGAACUCACUGCGCUGCCACCUGUGUGUUCAGGCAUAAUCCUCGGUGAUGCUGAUACGCGAUAUCCCGGAUGGCGAUAUGAAGUGAGGGCAGGAGACAUAUUUACGAAUGGCGUUGUGACCGCCCGUGGUAAGCUGCGGGAAGUGAGCCUCCUUUCUGAUUGCGCCGCUUGAGAUUACUGUGGUUCCCCCUCAGAAUUUCGCGCGAAUUCUGGUUUGACAGCAGGGGUCUGCCGUUGCGGCGACGAAACGUUCAGCCGGCGUGUGAUUGCUGGUGAGGCUGUCGAGGUGCAGAGCAGUGACCUGCCCACGGCUGACAGCCAGACAGCCGAGUGGGGCGAGGGCCAGCGGUCGGCUGCUUACGUCGAUGCCUUCCGGCAGCUGCCCGUGCACUCUUAUCAAGACGCUCGGCUGGGCCUGGUCGCUGAUGAAGUUCGGCGACUCCUCCCAUCGGCUGUGCGCACAUUCGCUAAACAUGAGAUUGACGGAGAGCGGAGACGCAGUGAAGCGACGGAGGCCCCUGAAGAGGCAGAGGGAGAGGACAAUGAGGCUGACGAACAGAUGACCAUCGACCUCACACAGCUGGUCUUCACGCAGAUGGCCGUCAUUCAGGACCUCAUCGAUGAGAAAGAGCAGAUGGGCGAGCGAAUAGAGGGCCUUACGAAGACCAUUGAGGCCAUCGUGGGACGCAUUGCGCGUCUCGAGGACGGCAGUGGCGGUGAUGGGCCAACCGGGCCCCAUUGAUGCGCUGCAGCAGAUGGCCAAGGGACUCAUGGCGCCCUAGGCCAUGUGUGCGAACACGAUGUGUGCGUGGACUGAGAGAGAGGGAUCUUGACAAUGUCAUGUGCACGAUUAGCGCUCGUACUACUGCACUGCACGUCCUUCGGUCUGUCUUGUUUAAAGCGGCAAGAGGCCAUUGGUGCGGUGUACAUUAUUGUUCGCUUUGUGGUCGACAUUACAUGUGGUUCUGUCCCUGAGGUGCACACACGAAAAGAGAGCUCUAUGUCAAUUGUUGCUAUCUCUUCUGCACGGAAGUCUAUGCUGUGUGCGUGGCACCGGCGUCGUUGACUGACUUCACACAAACACGGUGCAGAGACAUUUUGUCGUUACUUUGUUCGUCAUGCGUGUGAGUUCCUACCUGGUGUGCCUGUCUGCCUGCCUGCCUGCCUGCCUGCCGGAAGUAGUCUGUCACUCACUUCACGAGUAAAGAAACGCGCCCUGUCCUCCACGGUGCUGAGAGAUGUGUGUUGUGACAGGUUUUGGUAUCUAUCGUUGUGGGCUCCGAUUCAAAACGGAGACACGUGAGUGUUAGUGUGGUUUUGCGGUGUGGGUGGGCAAUUCCUUCUGUAAGCCUUUGUGUGCACUUCAUCUCCGGUCAAGCCAAUGCCAGAAGCAGGUGUCCACUUCAAUCACCGAAACUAUCGCACAGACAGAC